UCAAACGAAGAAGAAAUAACAUAAUCCUCGGUGCAGACCGUGGUGCUGAGUCUAUGGUACAGGCCACACCAGUCAGAGCAGUCUAGUUUAAUUUGCAGCUAGAUACAAUUCAUACGGAUUAAAAAAAACACAUGCUAACAACGUUUCAAGCUAAGCAAAGACAACAGUGAAAGACUCUAACCUCUGCAGACCUGAAGAUGACAUCAAAGAAAGUGAUCGAGUUGUUUUACGAUGUGGUUUCUCCCUACUCCUGGCUUGGCUUUGAGGUCAUGUGCCGCUACAGAACCGUGUGGAACAUAGAGCUCAAACUGCGACCUACAUUUUUGGGAGGCGUCAUGCAAGGAUCAGGUAACAAGCCCCCUGGUCUGGUUCCAAACAAAUUCCUGUACAUGACCAAGGAUCUGAACCGCUUGUCAGAGUAUUUUAAUGUUCCCAUGCGAUCUCCCUCUGACCCCUUUGAGGCCAUGUUCCAAAAAGGCUCUUUGAAUGCAAUGCGGUUUGUGACAGCCGUACAAGAGAAGGGGAAGGGUGGAGACGAGCAGGUGGAGCGGGUGUCCAGGGAGCUGUGGAGAAGGAUCUGGUAUGAGGACAAAGACAUCACCGAGCCUGCAUCACUGUCUGAGGCAGGAAUAAAAGCAGGACUGUCUGACAGCGAGAUUAAGGAAUUACUGGAGCUGUCCAACUCGAAGGAGAUCAAAAACAAGCUGAAAAGCUCAACACAGAAUGCCCUGGAUUAUGGGGCAUUUGGCUUCCCCCUUGUGGUGUGUCACUUGAAUGGAAAACCAGAGAUGUUCUUUGGGUCUGACCGAUUUGAGGUCAUGGCCCAUUGUAUUGGGGAGAAGUGGCUGGGACCUCUGCCGGACAAACCAGCUGCCAAGCUUUGAGAUACACAGAAGCCUUUGAACACCUUGGCAGUGCUUCCAUAUUCGUAUUUCAAUUAUGUAUUUUAUUUUUCAAAUUUCAUAUUUCUGUGCCUUCUGACAAUAGGCAGUGUUUUCCCAAUAGAUUCUGAUAACACAUAUUAGUGUACAUAUGUACAAUGUAACAUAUCAAAGUACUAUAAAUGAUGUGCAUAUUAAAAAUAACAUUGACAACUUC